UCGAGUGCCGUGUUCUCACGAGAGGAUUAACGUGACGUUCUUAAGCGUCACAGGUCACGUGUACAUUGUUUGUAGCGCUUAGGCUCGCGAAAAUGGACAUAGACUAUGCCGAACAAAUCUCACCGUAGAGCGUUGGUCCGCGUCGUCUGCCAGGAUGCUCCCCUCCCUGGCCCAUAAACCGUGGCAGUUCUUCUGCAGGAUCUCCUGGAGGCACAGAUCGAGGUUCCACCAGCCGUGCCUUGGUUGGCAAACCGGCGCCGCAUUUCCCUCGUGGUUCAGACCACUGGACUGCCGAGUUGCCUCGCUGGGAGCAGCCAAGGUCCACUUCUACUCCACCUUUGGAAACAGCAAAGAUGGACCUCCGAAAUCUCUGUCGGAUGCCACUGAAAAAGUGGCUGCCAAACCAAACAUAAACACUCCAGGUACUGCAGUUAAGGGGCUCACUAAAGCAGAGACUAUUCAAGUGAAAGUUCGGGCCGUCCUGAAGAAGCGGGAAUAUGGCGCAAAGUAUACUCAGAACAACUUCAUCACGGCUGUCCGAGCCAUGAAUGAGUUCUGUCUUAAACCAAGUGACCUGGAGCACCUUCGCAAGAUCCGAAGGCGCAGCCCCCACGAUGACACAGAGGCCUUCACUGUGUUCCUGCGCUCAGACGUGGAGGCAAAAGCAUUGGAUGUGUGGGGAAGCCAAGAAGCUCUGGCCAGGGAGAGAACCCUACGGAAAGAAGUGGAGAGAGAGUACGAAGAAAAUAUCUUUCGUAGUCAGCAGCUGUUGAAGGAAUACAAAGACUUCUGGGGAAACACAAGGCCUCGAUCAGGCAAGAGGGCAACAUUUCUACAAGGUCCAGGAAAAGUGGUCAUGGUUGCCAUUUGCAUAAAUGGGCUGAACUUCUUUUUCAAGCUGUUGGCGUGGGUCUACACAGGCUCAGCGAGCAUGUUCUCCGAAGCCAUCCACUCUCUAGCCGACACCUGCAAUCAGGCCCUGCUGGCUCUGGGCAUCAGCCAGUCGGUGCGGAACCCCGACGCCGGGCAUCCGUACGGCUUCUACAACAUGCGCUACAUCGCCUCCCUCAUAAGUGGCGUGGGCAUUUUCAUGAUGGGCGCUGGCCUUUCCUGGUACCAUGGCAUCAUGGGACUGCUGCACCCGGAGCCUAUAGAGUCUUUAUUAUGGGCAUACUGCAUUUUGGCGGGUUCUCUGGUGUCUGAAGGAGCCACACUGCUGGUAGCCAUCAAUGAGAUAAAGCGAAGCGCCCAAAAACACAGACUCUCUUUUUAUGAAUAUGUAAUGCAGAGUCGAGAUCCGAGCACCAACGUGGUGCUACUUGAGGAUACCGCUGCAGUGCUCGGUGUCAUCAUGGCUGCCAGCUGCAUGGGACUCACGUCGCUCACUGGUAAUCCUUACUAUGACAGUUUGGGCUCGCUGGGAGUGGGAACGCUGCUGGGCACAGUUUCUGCCUUCCUCAUCUACACCAACACAGAGGCACUGCUUGGACGCUCCAUACAGGCCGAGCAAGUCCAGAAACUCACAGAGUUCUUGGAGAAUGACCCGGCUGUGAGGGCUAUCCAUGACGUAAAGGCCACCGAUAUGGGACUGAGCAAAGUGCGCUUUAAGGCGGAAGUUGACUUUGAUGGCCGAGUGGUGACACGCUCUUAUCUGGAAAAGCAAGACAUCGACCAAAUCCUCAAUGACAUUCAACAGGUGAAGACGCCGGAGGAUCUUGAGAGCUUCAUGCUGAAACACGGUGAGAAUAUUAUCGACACCCUGGGCGCUGAGGUGGAUCGCUUAGAGAAAGAACUCAAGCAACGUAAUCCAGACGUCCGUCAUGUAGACCUGGAGAUCUUAUAACAACACUAACAUGAUGCUUAAGGACCUGCAAGAUGAAGAAGAGGAAAAAGGACGAGCACUCCUGCCUCUGCCGUCCACCUCCCAUUCCUUAUAGAAAAGCUCUGCCUCCUCACAGGCUUCCGUGCAAAGACACUUGAACAGUUAACAGUACCAAACAGUUCAAAACAAUCAUAUUUUAUGAAAGAAGCUCUCCUCUCAUUUCAGCACAGCACAGGUAUGACUGUGUUCAUUGAUAUCUCCUCCCUAAUGACGUCACAACAUGAUAUCAUGUUCCCCAACUAUUAACUCUGGACAGGCUUGAUGAAGAUUGAAUACGAUUUAUUGCAAAUCACGCAUAUAAUAAGUGUCCAGGCAUAAAUAGUAACCUUUGAAUAGAGUGACCUGCAAAACUAAUCAAAACACAUGACUUUAUAAUUAGUAAUAUAAAGACAGAACAACAGUAUAUAUACCAGUUUGGGUAUUUCCAAUCCAACGGGGUAAUAACAUUUUAUUUCAUUUAUUUUUUAACUCUACUCGCAAAACACAGAAUUUCCGCUUUUGGCAAAACUUGUACGAAAAUUGAUUUGCCCCGUUUCCACUGAGUGUUCUGCCCAGCAGUUGCGGCCACAGUCAUUUCAUGUAGGUUAGUGAGGAGGAUGCAUAAUGUAAUAUUUGACUUGUGAGAGUGUGUGUGAGGAGGUGGGAAGCAUUUGCUGCACUGAUGCUGGAGUUGGAACAAAUUUGCAAAAAAUAAUUUAUUAAACUAUUUUGAUUUC